AUGUCACAACAAUAUCCGGACUAUACACAAAUAUACACAGAUGCUUCCAAAAGUAAAAAUGGGGUGGGCUUUUCUGUAAUCACAGAUUGGGAGAACCAUCUCUUUAAACUACCGUCGUCUUUUAGUAUAUACACAGCUGAAACUCAUGCUAUUUACCAAGCACUAUUAAUCAUCUCGACUUCAAACCCAACAAACUGUCACAUCAUUAUCAGUGACUCUCUGAGUGCUCUUACUGCAAUUUCUAACCCCUACCCCAAAAAUGAACUUAUUCAACACAUACAGAAAUUAAUAUCUGAAAUAAACAUCCCCACAUGUUUCAUGUGGGUCCCUUCACACAUUGGGAUACCCGGGAAUGAAAAAGCAGACACAUCAGCCUAUGAAGCCAUUACAUCUCCACAUUCCAUUAAAAUCAGCUCUACUUCCUCAUCUGAAAUCUUCGGCACAAUCCACCAAAAAAUAAUGGAAGAAUGGCAACUUUUUUGGGAAAAUAUUCCCCUUACUAACAAACUAAGAAAUACAAAUUUACUCGUUAAGAAACUAAAUAACCCUCCCGGCACAAAAAGAAAAGACGAAGUAACAGUCACUCGAGCCAAAAUAGGCCAUUCUUACUUAACACAUGUACACCUCAUCAAAAAAGAACCAGCACCCAUAUGUGAUACUUGCAACGUAACUCUAUCAAUUGAACAUAUCGUAAUCAUCUGUCCCAAAUACACUGAAGCACGCAAGAUACUCCAAAAUCCAGCAUCACUCUAUCAAGCCUUCAAAGACGAAAACACAGCUGCAAUCAGUACAUUUUUCCAUAAUAUAAACACUAAACACCCAUUGUAA